CCACGGCAACACAAGCGAGUGCGCGCCGGCAGAAGCCCUGGGGGAGCAGCUGUUAAACUCGUGUUAUUUUGAGCCGCUGAUGGCCGGUACGCGGAUUUCUGAGCGGCUGCCGCCGAUCCUCGACCGGGCUCAGGCGCCGGUGGCGUUCGGUCAGCGCGCCCUCCCACGGCUGGCGGCGGAACUGCAGAACGGAGAGCGGAGUGUCCGGCAGAGGGCGCUAGCGGCUCUACGAGACCUUAUUCAUGACCCCGAGCGGGCUUACGAGGCCAUUCACCACGGAUGCCUAGAGAGGCUGAGGGUUUUGCUCAAGGAUGAAAACGCCUCAGUCCGGACAACAACUGCUGAAGUGCUUCAUCUUCUGGCCACUCACAGCGUGGGCAGGGAGGCCUUCCUGAGGCUGGACGUGGUCAGCUCUCUAGCAGAGCUGCUGGAUGAGCCGGUGGACGCCUGCCGCAAAAACGUGCACCAAGCACUGAAGAUGAUGGCAGAACUACCGGCAGCUGUGGUCUGCAUGGUGUCUCUGGGUUUGGUGCCUAGGUUGGUGAUGAAGGUGGCCGUGGAGCCGUUGGAUAUUCGUGAGCUGGUUCUGUCCACUCUGAGCUGCUGCGUGAGGGUGGACGCUCUGUCCACUCUGGCCAGCGAUGGAGUGAGUGUGCUGAAGGAACAACUGGCACACGCGUCCACCAAUAUCCGCAGAGCAGCCGCCUCCGCCAUGAUGGCCAUCAGUGUUCCUCCGGAGGGGAAGGUGAAGAUUUGUGAGGAGGAGGUUUUGCCUGUUGUGGUCCAGUUGCUGAAUGAUGCUGACCCGGGGGUCAGUGCGAAAGCUGCCGGAAUCAUUAUGUACACUGCAGUCAUCACCAGGGGUAAGUUCCAGGCUCUAGAGGCCGGGGUCCUGCCCCCACUUCUGUGUUUGGUGGAGAGUGAGGACCGGGCGGUGUGUGUUAACACCUUGCGGGCCCUCACCUGCCUCGCAGAGGCCCCCAAGGCCCGAGCACAGCUCCUCCAGCACCUGCCCCUGCUUCAGACCCGACUACAGCAUCCAGAGCCCAUCAUCCAGAGAGCAGCAGCCACCGCCAUACAGGUCAUUUCCUGGACACCCUGAGAGAGAAACACAGCUGCAGACCACCACAGACCGUCUGUACGGUGUGUGCUUUAAGAAUAAAGGAGAGAAAGAUGCA